CCCUUUCCCUAUAGCAGUGGUUCUAAAAGUGUGGUUCUUGGACCAGCAGCACCGAUAUCACUUGGGAACUGGUUAGAAACGCACAUUCUCGGGUCCAGCCCAGACCUACAGAAUCAGAAAACUUGAACGUAAGACCCAGCAAUGUUUUCAGGAACCCUCCUGGUGAUUCUGCUGCAUGCUCAAGUUUGAGAAUGAUUGUCCUGUGAGAGGAUUUCCCUUUCCCCCACAGAAAACCCCCUGAAAGAGGCUUCCGGGUGUGCCUCCGAACUGCUGCCCAUCCUCAUUUUCCCAAGAGUCGCCUGUGGGAAAUAGCCGCCGUCCAGGAAGUCUUCUUCCCCUCCUUGGAAGGAUUCUGGUUACCCUGAAAGGAGCCUGGAGAGGUGUGGCUGGACCAAGACCUCCCCCGAUGUGAGCAGGUUUCCUCCUCCCCCCACCGCCCGUUGCCACCACGCCAGGGAACAUCCUCAAGCCCUGGCCCUCAAGGGAGAGGUAACAGGAGCUCUGAGCCGAGACCAUGUGACGGCGCUGGCCCUCGCCACCGCCGUCCCCCCCACCCUGGCCCCAGGCCCGGCACCAUGAUGUUCCGCGACCAGGUGGGCAUCCUCGCUGGCUGGUUCAAGGGCUGGAAUGAGUGUGAGCAGACGGUGGCCCUGCUGUCACUUCUGAAGCGGGUCACUCGCACCCAGGCCCGGUUCCUGCAGCUCUGCCUGGAGCACUCGCUGGCGGACUGCAAUGACAUCCACCUGCUAGAGUCGGAGGCCAACAGUGCUGCCAUCGUCAGCCAGUGGCAGCAGGAGUCCAAAGAGAAGGUGGUAUCCCUCCUGCUGUCCCACCUGCCCCUGCUUCAGCCAGGCAACACGGAGGCCAAGUCGGAGUACAUGAGACUGCUGCAGAAAGUGCUGGCCUACUCGAUCGAGAGCAAUGCCUUCAUCGAGGAGAGCCGCCAGCUGCUGUCUUACGCCCUCAUCCACCCGGCCACCACACUGGAGGACCGCAAUGCACUGGCCCUCUGGCUGAGCCACCUGGAAGAGCGGCUGGCCAGCGGCUUCCGCACCCGGCCUGAGCCUACCUACCACUCACGCCAAGGCUCAGAUGAAUGGGGGGGCCCUGCAGAGCUGGGCCCUGGGGAGGCAGGGCCAGGCUGGCAGGACAAACCACCCCGGGAAAAUGGACACGUGCCCUUCCACCCAUCCAGCUCAGUGCCGCCAGCCAUCAACAGUAUUGGGAGCAAUGCAAACACAGGUCUCCCCUGCCAAAUUCACCCCAGCCCGCUGAAGCGCUCCAUGUCUCUCAUCCCCACGAGCCCCCAGGCCCCUGGUGAGUGGCCGAGUCCGGAGGAGCUCGGGGCCCGGGCUGCUUUCACCACGCCCGACCACGCACCCCUCUCACCCCAGAGCAGCGUGGCCUCCUCUGGCAGUGAGCAGACGGAGGAGCAGGGCUCCAGCCGGAACACCUUCCAGGAGGACGGCAGUGGCAUGAAAGAUGUACCCUCAUGGCUCAAGAGCCUCCGCUUGCACAAGUACGCAGCCCUCUUCUCACAGAUGAGCUACGAGGAGAUGAUGACACUGACUGAGCAGCACCUGGAGUCUCAGAAUGUCACCAAAGGUGCCCGCCACAAGAUAGCCCUCAGCAUCCAGAAGCUGCGUGAGAGGCAGAGCGUCCUCAAGUCCCUGGAGAAGGAUGUGCUGGAAGGAGGGAAUCUGCGAAACGCUCUGCAGGAGCUGCAGCAGAUAAUUAUCACCCCCAUCAAGGCCUACAGCGUCCUCCAAGCCACCGUGGCUGCUGCCGCUGCCGCCACCCCUACUGCCAAGGAUGGGAGCCGGGGGGAGCCACCACUGCCAGGUGCUGAGCCUCCCCUGGCUCACCCCGGCACAGACAAGGGCACUGAGGCCAAGGACCCUCCAGCUGCAGAGAGCUACCCCCCUCCACCAGCUCCAGCUCCCACUGAUGGCAGUGAGCCAGCCCCGGCUCCCGUCGCCGACGGAGACAUCCCCAGCCAGUUUACACGGGUGAUGGGCAAAGUGUGCACCCAGCUGCUGGUGUCCCGACCAGACGAGGAGAACAUCACCAGUUACCUCCAGCUCAUUGAAAAGUGCCUGACUCAUGAGGCGUUCACGGAGACGCAGAAGAAACGGCUGCUGUCCUGGAAACAGCAAGUGCUGAAGCUCCUGCGGACCUUCCCGCGCAAAGCCGCACUAGAGAUGCAGAGCUACCGGCAGCAGAAAGGCUGGGCGUUCGGCUCCAACUCGCUUCCCAUAGCUGGCUCUGUGGGGAUGGGGGUAGCCCGGCGGACCCAGCGGCAGUUCCCCAUGCCUCCCCGGGCCCUCCCGCCCGGCAGGAUGGGCCUUCUGAGCCCUUCGGGCAUUGGGGGCAUCUCCCCGCGACAUGCCCUCACUAGCCCCAGUCUUGGGGGCCAGGGCCGACAGAACCUGUGGUUUGCCAACCCCGGAGGCAGCAACAGCAUGCCCAGCCAGAGCCGCAGCUCCGUGCAGCGCACCCACUCCCUCCCGGUCCAUUCGUCGCCCCAGGCCAUUCUCAUGUUCCCUCCAGACUGCCCGGUCCCUGGGCCUGACCUGGAGAUCAAUCCCACUCUGGAGUCUCUAUGUCUGAGCAUGACAGAACACGCCUUGGGUGAUGGGACAGACAAAACCUCCACCAUCUGACGGGACCCACAGCCCAGCGCACCCAUAGGCUCCCUGGGCGGCGGGCGGGGGCCAACCCCCAACGGGCUUCUCCGCGACAGCGAGAGGGUGGGCUGGCUCAGCUAUACAUUCUAGUAUUUUUCUACUCUCUCACCCUUUUAACUUUUGUUUAACAUUGGCACACGCCUUGCUCACUCCCAGGCCCGUCAAGGGGUCUCUGCUGAGGCUCAGGGAGGUAGGGGGCAGCCAGGAUAAAGGGGCAGGGACUGGCCAGCCCGGCUGCCCCUCCUUCCCUCCCUCGUUCCCCCACCCGGCCCCGUCCCACCCCUGCCUCCUCCAGACUGCCGGCCCCCUGCCCCUCCCAGGGGAGCAGCUCCCCCCUAUCUUGUGGGGCCUGCUCAGAACCAUCUGACAUUUGUGGAGAGAGAAGUGGGAUACAUAACCUGCUCUCCUGGAUGUUAUUUGGGAGGGGCUGAGGUGAAGGUGGUGGAUGAGUGGAGGAGCCUCUUCUCCUCUCCUCUCCACCUUCUUCCCCAUUCUCGUCAUUUGCAAGGACAGGAGCCACCCUCCUUUCCCUCACUUCCUUUUGCCCUGUUUAUCAGAGGUUCUCUACAAUUAAUUUCUUAGGCCUAUUUAAGAUGCAUAUUUAUAUAGUUCUUAACGGUUUUUCUCUCUGAUCAUUCCCUCUCAUUUUUAGAAUCCCCAGGCCUCUGAGCCAAGAAAGUGGCAGGGGGAGCCUGAAUUUUACAAGGGGAGAGGGCAGAGCCCCCUCCUCCAGACCCCCUAGCCCUUCCCCACUUCCCCCCAGCCCGGGCUCCCCAGAUGCAGUGGUUGAAGGCCGGGAGCCAGGGCAGCGAGUGAGGUCAGGAAGUCUGUUGCCUUAACAUCCCCUUCCCGCAACCAACACACCCUUGUCCACUCCCGGGUCUGGUUGCUAAAGACUUGGGGGUAAGGAAUAAGGGAAAGGGGAUUGUUUGGUUUUUGGUUUCUUUCCCCACCCCGCUUUUUCUUUCAUCCUUCCCCUACCCCCCAUUCUGUCAUGACCUCACUUAAGUGAAACACUAUAUCAUAACCCAGAGAUUUGUCCCAGCCGUGGAAUCAUACAAACCCUCUGGUCUCUGUUCCUGCUGAGGGGUUGUGCUGGGGCCCAGGUGGAGGGAGGGGAUUUGGGGGUUCAGGCUGUGGGGAAGCCAGGGUCCCCUAUUCCAACCCCCUCUUCCUACUCAACCCACCCCACCCCCCUCACUGGGACAUUCUCAAGCUUUUCACACCGAAAAGGAAAAAAAAAAAAUGUUAUUUUUAGAUACAUUUUAUGAAUAACUUUUGUUAUGAAUAUGGCUGGUAACCAUUGUGUAUGUUAUUAAAGAUACAAAAUGUUGGGAAAAAACAAAAAACCAAAAAAAAAAAAAAUUUUAAAACCACCGCCCUCCCUGCACUCUCACCCCAUUCCCCAGACCUUCUUGCCUCUGCCCUCCUGGUCUGGCCCUCCCUCAGCUCUGAGCCCAGGGAGGGGGAGGAAGCCAGGGGGGAGGGUGGCCCUGGGGAUCUGCUAAGGUCCCCACCUCCUCUCCCAGUGCCGGGCUGGGUGGGGUGUCAGGUUUAUUUAUGUACCUCUUGCACACUCAUCAACCUAUGCAAGUCCCCACCCCGGCCCCGCCAUGUUUCUGUGCCUUUGCUCAUUCCCCUCAAGCUCCCAGGGCUUCUCCAGUCCCCCUCCCAAUAGCCCCGGGAAGUGGGAUGGACAGGGGCCACCUCGUUUGGAAUCAGCAGGGUGUCCCUCUUACAGGACCCUCACCGCCUCCCAGCCAAGUCCUGUCUUCUUUGCUACCCAUCAGGGUGAGCAGGCUCUGCCUGGCACUGGGAGGUGGUGAGGGACACCCCCCACCACACCCAGCGGGAGGCAAGAGCUGCCCCCCCCCCCCCACCUGACAGCAGAGUGUGCAGGACGCAGGCGGCCCCACUCUGACGGGCAGGACCCUGACCCUCUUCUGCUCCAGCCCCUCCCCAGGCCCCUACGCCCCCACCCCACCACCAUGAUUUCACCUUCCCUCCUAUCCCCAGCCCCACUGGCAGAAUCAGCUUUGAGUAACUGUACAGUUUUUCUCGCUGUUGGAGAAGACUUACUUGUUGGAGUUUCACUUGUUUAAUGGUCUGGGCUUAUUUUGGAAAAAAAAAAAAAAAAAAAACAA